AUGUUGCAAAGUUAUGUGGAAUGUGUUAUGCAUUUUCACGAGUUCGGAGUACUUAGCGAAGUGGAGCUUAAGCAUCGUUUGAAAUUAUACUCGAAAGUGUGUGCUAAGAUGGAAACGUUCGCGGUACUCCUUCUACUAACGAUGACGCUCACGAUCGAGGGCAAUCCGGUGAUGACGCGCCAGGGCCUGGUGCGAAAGAAGGAUCGGGAACAGAUCUGCUCGAACCUACUCAACUUCAACAAGCUGUUCUACGCGUUGGAGGGCCAGAAGAACGUGAGCGGUGUUCCGGCGGACAUGAGCGUACAUUGGAAGACCGGCAACGUCUACUUCACGCUGAUCAGCGAGGAGAUGAAAAUGACCUUACAAGUGCUGCGCCCCAGCGGCGAGGUGGACACGAUAAAGGUCGCCGGCCUCGGCCAGUCAACGUGCGUGGACAACGUGAACGACGUCGUUUACCUGGCCACCGACAACGGAGUGUACAAAUAUAAGGAGGACGGCUCCAUUGAGCUAUACACGGCUUUGGGGGAGGACGUUAUGUACGCGGCGGUGAGCAGCGACGGGGCGGUCAUGUACGUGGCGACCUGGCCGCAGAACCGCGUCCACAAGAUAACGAACGAGGGCCAGAGACAGGAGACCUUCCCGUCCAUACCGAACGGACACGGCCUGACGGUGGACACCAGGAACAACAUCUAUUUCGUCGCGACGAAGACCACUUACAUCCUAAAAUACGGGUACAGCAUCCCGAUCAAGAUCAAGGGGCUGCCCAACGACAAGAUGACGGGCGUUUUCGUCAGCCGCUCGGAUGAGGUGUACGCGAUGGACGAGAACAGCAAUAUUUACGUGAUAGACGCUGACAACGCGAUCGCGACACACCUGGGCUCUUUCAGCGUGAGCGGGGUGAAUGCAUUCGCGAUGGACUCCGCCGACAACGUUCUGAUCGGCGUUAAAGGCGCCCUGCUGAAGUUCAACGCGUUCGAGAAGAAUCCCUGCGUGCAGUUAGAGAAAAAGAAUCAAAAAGGAAAACGCCACAGCAGACGACGCAAGCACAAAAGGCGAACCACAACCACAACGGAGUUUGCCGAGGAAGAAGAAGAA